UAGUCUUAAAACCGGCUUUUACAUUUGGUAUGUCGGAAGACGGUAAUCGUUAGCAAUUAAAGUAGCCCUAAACUCAAAAUAAUUCCAAAUGCGAAUCCAAAUUUCAAUUCGCAAAUUCAAAAUUUUCGUAAAUUUGGCGUUGUGCAUUUCAAGUCGCACGUGGUAAUGGAGCAUGCGCACUCGGCACCACAGCAAAUAACCUCAAAAGUUUCGAAAAUUUAAAAUUUUAGUAUUUCACAGAAUAUGAAUUUUAUAAGGAUGUGGACAUAUGGCUUUUAUCUGCACAACUGCAAGAUUAGAUUGAAAUCGAAGCCUUUUCUUGUGGGUAUUGAAUGCAGAAGAAGCGACUGUGUAAAAUUAGUGCCUAAUUUUCAAAGUAAUAAUAGGAACGAUUUAAGUAUGAGCUCGCGACCAAGCCGGCAAGAAUUUGUGAGUGAUGGGGCAAUUGAUGUUUUCCCUCGUGAAACAUUGAGAUGGUUCUUCAGCUUAGUCUCUGACCAACUAAAGUCACCAGCUUUAAUAGAGGAAGAAACUAUUUUCAAGUUGAAACCGUUUGUUUACUUAUCAACGGUUAACGUGCUAUGGCCGAAACCUUUGAGUUUUUCAAGUUACGGUAUAAACGAAACGGAUGCCUUACGUAAUGCCAGCAAGAACGUGUUGUACUGGCUAAAAAGUAACACCUACAUGGACUCCCAUCACAAACCCAUAUUAAACUCGCAACACCACAUUUUAACAACCGGCCAAAGAUUAUUUUAUUCAACUUCAACACAGCGUACAAAUGCUACCAAUGUAGCCAGAACUGAAGCAGUUGAUACCGAUAAAAUUAAAUCUCUUUUUCCACAUCCCAAGGGCGUACUACACAAUUGGUUUUUAUUAGUAAGCAACGCAUUGGAAGACCCGAAAUUGAAAAUAUCUCCCACGUACAAGUCGGUUAAAGCUGGUAAGAAUGCAGUUUUAUGGGAGUGCGUCUACACCUUAAAGUGGCCUAGGAGUGGGCAGUUUUCGGCGACGGCAAAUCGAAAGCAAGACGCCGCACACAAAGCCGCACUUGAAGCGUUAAUCUGGUUGUACCAUAAUAAAUUGCUCAACGCUAAGGGACAGCCGAUUCUUCCCGAAAAUGUUGUUGUGCCUCCGGAAGAAGAAAAGUGUAGGAAAUUGCGAGUAGGCGCAAAUGAGUACCAAAGUAUGACUAGUAUCGCAGAGAGCGUUAAAAGUGGAGAGGUGCGAGCGAUUUUAGAGAACUUCACCAGUUGUAAUCAAGAGGAGAAUAUGCCUGUUAUCGAGGAAUGGGUGCAAUCCGAUGUGCCGCAACAGCAGUAUACCGAUAGGAACUUUUACGUCGCAAAGGAACCUACACGUUUACCAAUCUCCGAUUAUAAGGAGGAAUUAAUCGGCUUACUUGCACGCAAUUCGGUUGUAAUUAUUAAGGGAGAGCCGGGUUGUGGCAAAAGUACUCGCGUCCCGCAGUAUGUGAUGGAAGCUUGGGCCAGGGAUUUAGGUGCGGCAAAUUCGCCCUGCAGAAUUAUUGUUACGCAACCGCGACGUAUUGCCGCAGCAUCACUGGCCGAAAGAGUUGCUUCGGAAAGAGGGGAAAGCGUUGGUUCCACUGUUGGCUAUAAUGUCCGUUUCAAUACUAAAUUCUCAAAGAAAACCGGCCAUAUCAUGUAUUGUACAAGUGGAAUUUUGCUAAAUCGCUUAAAAACGGAUCCCAAGUUAUCAGAUUGUUCGCACAUCAUUUUAGAUGAAGCACACGAACGAGACGUCACCAUCGACUUGCUCCUGAUCCUUGUCCGUCGUGCUCUCACUUUGAACCCCAAGCUAAAAGUACUUGUAAUGAGUGCCACUAUGGACGCGGAACUGUUUCGGGACUACUUCGGCGACGCUCCGAUUUUAAAUAUUCCCGGAUUUACGCAUCCUGUCGAACAAUAUUUCCUAACUGACGAAAAAUUGCCGUCUUUCCAGAUGUGCAUGUCGAAAAUACCCCGUGUUCUUCCAAAGGACGUGGCCGACUGCAUUAAAUUCAUCCAUAAAAAGAAACCGGAGGGAGCUAUUCUAUGCUUCCUACCGGGAUGGGAGGACAUUACCAAAGUAAAAGAUUUAUUACCACCACGAACCGACAUGGUUACUUUAUGCGUUCAUUCUCGGCUCAGUAUGGCCGAACAAAGGAAAAUAUUUUCUAAAGCUCCACCUGGUGUUCGAAAGGUAAUCUUGGCUACCAACAUUGCAGAAACAUCGAUAACGAUUGAUGAUGUCGUUUAUGUCAUUGAUCCUGGGAUUCAGAAGGAAGAGCGACUGGAUGAACAGAAAGGCAUAGUUUGUAUUGAUUAUCAUUGGAUAUCGAAGGCAAGUGCCAAACAAAGAAAAGGAAGAGCGGGUCGCUGUCAACACGGCGAAUGUUACCAUUUAUAUCCACAAUUUCACCACGACAGUUUCAUGGAAUAUUCGAUACCAGAAAUUCUUCGUACGUCACUAACGAAAAUAGUCCUCAAUUCGAAAAUCUAUAGCAAUAACAUGAAGGCGAUCGAUUUCCUCCAACGGUUAAUCACUCCGCCCAAGAAAGCCGCCAUUGAAUCGGCCGUACAAGAAUUGAAAGAUUUGGAAUUACUAGACGAACAUGAGAACCUAACGCCGCUAGGUCGAACGCUAUCGCAUUUUCAUCUACAUCCCAAAUUAGGAAAGGCAAUGGUUAAUGCGGUUUUGUUUAAAUGUGUUACUCCAAUUGUCGACAUUGUCACAUUGUAUUCUGAUGAAAGCGCUUUAUUUUCGAACGAUUUGUUGGAUAAGGCGAGAAUUACUGAUCAUUUGCGCAAAGAGUCUGCAACUAGCGACCAUUUAGCAAUGAUGCAAUUGUUUGAGAAAUGGCUGUAUUAUAUUGAAUCUCAAGAUUAUCGAAUGGCUGACGCUAUGUGCCAGGAUUUGGGUUUAGUGCAACCUAAAUUGUUUACAUUACAGAAACUGCGGUCGGUACAUUUAGACUACCUUCACAAAGGGCUGUAUGAUGUGCUUCCUAUAUCAGACGAUCUCUCCGACUAUGACGAGUUAGUAAAGGCCGUUUUAUUAUCUGGUGUUGGUAACCUAUUGCGCCGACGCGAAUGGGAUAUUGUAAAAGGACGUCGUAGGAAUAAACCCGCUUUGGUGACAAGGCACAACCAAAGAGCAACAGUCAGUUCCAGUAGCGUUAAUGCGAUGACUAGAAAAUUGCCCCCCGAUUUUUUGGUGUAUAUAAAUGAAAUAAUUCUUAACGUGCGUAAAACGUCCUUAAUACGGGAAACUAGUACCGUCUCUUCUUUAGCAGUAUUAUUUUUUGCACCUGGUGAAAUUGAGCUACACGAAAUAAAGUCAAAGGACGCCUCCAGUGAUCAAGUGCUACUAAAAUUAGGUAAAAGUGAUAUAGAAUUUCAUUGUGAUAGAAGGCAUGCUCUCGCCAUAAAAGAAUGUAAAGAAGCAAUAGAAAAGUAUAAGCAAUACUAUAUUUUUCAAUUAACAACUGGAAACAGCUACAGUGUAGUUAUAAAUAAUGCCUGGAAACGAGUUUUAAAACAUCUAAUGGUUGCAUUGAAGACCGACAGCUAGGAGUGAAGUUUUAAUUUUUUGUUAAUGUGGAAAUAAAAUUUAUUUUCACCGUU